AUGUGCACGGCGCCUCUGACUCCCCGAUCGGGGAGUGUGCUCACGUCGUCCGUCUUCCUGUUCACUUCUACCAUCUUCCCCACACCCAGCGAGACGAGUCCAUCGUGUACGGCCGGCCAUGCUCUCCUCGCCGUCAAGAUAUUCUUCCUAACGCGUGCACGGCUGCAAGACAGGGCCACCGUCGUCAGUGGUGCCGCAGCAGGAGGGCCAGGUGGAAAGGCUGCAUUAGGUGAGUCCUCGUCGCUCUCGCCCUUCUACAGCGUACCGGUGCGUGCGCUCAUGCACCUCACCAGCAUGGCGUGCAAAGACGCCGUGUCGUUCGUUCGCCGCUACCGUCUUCCCCGCACGGAACGAGAUGGCUCUACUGCAUACAGCUACGCUCUCCUCGCCGUCAAUGUAGCGUCACGAACGCGCGCCCGUCUGCAAGCCAUCGCCACCGUCGUGGGCCAGAGCGGACGUAGGGCGGGUAGGAACAGUUUUACAGGUGAGUCGCCGUCGCUCUCGCUCACGUUCUUCACCAACACGGCGUGUUUGCACGCCGUGUCCUUCGUUCGCCACUACCACAUUCCCCGCACCGAACGAGACGACUCCACCGCACACGGCCACGGUAUCAUCGCCGUCAAUGUGGCGUCACGAACGCUCACACGUCUACAAGGCCGGCCCACCAUCGCCAGCGGCGCCGCAGCAGGAGGGCGAGGUGGGGAUCUCACAGAGCGCGUAGGCGGGGUCGUUUGCACACACCAGCGAGCUCUACCGGCCUUGAAGACCCGCGCGCGAGCUCACGCAAGGCCACUCACGCCCGUCUGGGCCUCGAACGUCUUCGCGUCCUUGUACAGCCACCCGGUGCACAUGCGCUCGCUUCCCUCACCACCACGGCGUGUCGUGCAUUCGCCGCUACCACAUUCCCCGCGAGACGACUCCACCGCGUACGGCCACGGUAUCAUCACCAUCAACGAGGGCGAGUCCUUCGUGAUCAGGGAGCACGUAGGUGGGCCAGAGCGAACGUAG